ACUAAGUUGAAUAAAAAUGGAAUAGCAGGUAACACCACGGGGCACGAUUGAACACAAUCAUAUCAUCCUGUUGUGGUCAUAAGCGUCAUCCUUGAGAACUAUUUGCUCAUACUGGGCGUAUAUAAGCGACGUUUAUCGUUGAAUGUCAACACAGCUUUACUACGAACAAAGGAACGAGUGUAAUAUCACGUAGAAAUGCGUUUCGUUGGUGUCGUGUUGGUGUUUGCAGCGGUCGCAAUGGCCAGCGCGUCCGAUUCUCAGGGGAAGCGUCAUUACGAAGUGAGUGACGCUCACAACCUCUUCGAAGAGUUUAUAAAAACCCACAACAGACAGUACAAGGAUGAUGCCGACAGGGAUGUUCACUUCAAAGCAUUCGUCGCCAAUUUGGAGAAGAUAAACAAGCUGAACGAACAAAACCCAAGCGCGACCUACGGUAUCAACAAAUUCGCUGAUUUCACUGAGGAGGACCGAAAACAAAUGUUUGGACUGAACCGGGCUAAGCAGUAAAUUUAUCAAAA